AUGGUACUGUUUCGUCACCAACGAGACAGUCUGUUAGUUCUCUCGUCAAGGACUGCACUGCUUCGCCAUGUCUGCUCUUCUCCGCGGAAUUCUUUCAGCCCGGUCAGUCCCGGUACUGAGGACGGGAGCUGUUCAGCGGGCCAGCAUUCACAGCAAGCCGGCUAAAGAAUCUAUUGGAACUGUGGAGUCAACCAUUGGAUUGUUGGUAUUCACUGUCUCAAUCUUGGCACCAGCUGCUUGGGUACUUUCCAAUCUUGAAAGUUACAAGAAGAGGGAUUAAGUGAAUGGUCGGCUACUGUGAAAAUGGCUUUCCUGAUCCAGUGUCUUCAGUUUCUUGGACCAAGACAUGCUCUUAGAUUCCUCCACUCCCAAGCGCACAUCCAAGGGACCAGUGCAGCAUCGUUGUCACCUAAAGCAGUUAAAUGUUUACUUUUAAAUUAUUCUCCUGUAAGCAUGUUUAAAAGUCUUAUGUAACAGCUUCAAAUGGAAAUACGCCAUCUUGACGUGUGCCGUUUGUCAACUUGUUAGAAUUUGUGUCAUGUCUGUUACACAAUAAAAAAUUACAUAAAUCUCA